GCUAUUUGGAGAAGUGGUAGAAGAAGAAAAAGCAUCAGUGCUUAUUGUCCAUUCAAAGCAUGUUGUUAGUGCUUUUCGUCACUUCGUCCACGUGACUUUCUGGGCCGCUGCGGUAACAAUGUCUUCAGAUGAGUUUUCUAAAGAAUUUAACGACGCCGUGUUAAGCGAUGCUGCUGAAAAAAUAAUCAAACGCUUUGAAGAAACCAGCGUUCACUACGAGGAAGAGCUCCGUCGACAGAGCAGACUGCUGGAAGUCGUCGGUGAUCUACAGACACAACAUCCAAGUUUACUUCUACCCCAAUAUUAUCUGAGGAACUUUCUGGUGAAAGAGGAGGAUGCAGAACCUCCACAGAUAAAAGAGCAACAGGAGGAGGAUGAGGAGCAACUUCAUCUGAAGCAGGAAAAGGAUACCUUGAUGGUGACUCCUACUUCUGAGGACAAUGAGCACAAUGAGGCCGAUUUUCACUCUCAGCAGCUGCUCACUUGGAGCUUUGAUGCAACUACAGAUGGAGAGACAAACCCACUGAAAAGAGAUGGGAGGAGCAAAAGUACUGUCAGAAAUGUGGACAGCUGUCACAGAUCAGAUCAGUCUGACACUGAGUCAGAGAAAAUGUUAGAAAAACAUGCUGUUGAAAACAAUUUAAAGGAAAUAAAUCUGGAAGAAAAUACAAGAAUCAUAACAGUAGAGAAACAUUGUUGUAAAGAGUGUAGAAAAUGUUUUACAAAUGCCAAAAGUUUAAGGCAUCACAUGAAGAUCCACACAGGAGAAAAGCCUUUUUCCUGUGAAGAAUGUGGAAGAAGUUUUACUGUGAAAAGCACCCUCACUAAGCACAAACGAGUCCACACAGGAGAAAAGCCCUUUUCCUGUGUAGAAUGUGGAAGAAGUUUUACUGAUAAAAGCAGCCUCACUAAGCACAAACGAGUCCACACAGGGGAAAAGCCCCUUUCCUGUGAAGAAUGUGGUAAAAGUUUUACGGAGAAAAGCAGCCUCACUAAGCACAAACGAGUCCACACAGGAGAAAAGCCUUUUUCCUGUGAAGAAUGUGGUAAAAGUUUUACUGAUAAAAGCAGCCUCACUAAGCACAAACGAGUCCACACAGGAGACAAGCCCUUUUCCUGUGUAGAAUGUGGAAGAAAUUUUACUGAUAAAAGCAGCCUCACUAAGCACAAACGAGUCCACACAGGAGAAAAGCCUUUUUCCUGUGAAGAAUGUGGUAAAAGUUUUAUGGAGAAAAGCAAACUCACUAAGCACAAACGAGUCCACACAGGAGAAAAGCCUUUUUCCUGUGAAGAAUGUGGUAAAAGUUUUAUGGAGAAAAGCAAACUCACUAAGCACAAACGAGUCCACACAGGAGAAAAGCCUUUUUCCUGUGAAGAAUGUGGUAAAAGUUUUAUGGAGAAAAGCAAACUCACUAAGCACAAACGAGUCCACACAGGAGAAAAGCCCUUUUCCUGUGAAGAAUGUGGUAAAAGUUUUACUCAGAAAAGCAACCUCACUAAGCACAAACGAGUCCACACAGGAGAAAAGCCUUUUUCCUGUGAAGAAUGUGGUAAAAGUUUUAUGGAGAAAAGCAAACUCACUAAGCACAAACGAGUCCACACAGGAGAAAAGCCCUUUUCCUGUGAAGAAUGUGGUAAAAGUUUUACUCAGAAAAGCAACCUCACUAAGCACAAACGAGUCCACACAGGAGAAAAGCCUUUUUCCUGUGAAAAAUGUGGUAAAAGUUUCCCUCUGAGACAAACCUUAGAUGUUCACAUCAGAAUACAUACAGGAGAAAAGCCUUUUCUUUGUGCAGAAUGUGGUAAAAGUUUUACUGAGAAAAGCAACCUCACUCAGCACAAACGAGUCCACACAGGAGAAAAGCCUUUUUCCUGUGAAGAAUGUGGUAAAAGUUUUACUCGCAGACAAUCCUUUGAGGUUCACAUGAGAAUCCACACGGGAGAAAAGCCUUUUUUUUGUAAAGAAAUUGGUCUACGUUUUACUGAGAGAAGUAACUUCACUCAGCACAAACGAGUCCACAUGUGAAAUACCUUUUUCCUGUAAAGAAUGUGGGAGCAGCAGACCCUGUAAUUUUGGGGCACGAGUCACAUUUUUUUUGCAUGGUUAAUACUUGGUUGAUAUCAGUUUCCUGACACUCUUUUUAAUUUACUUUUUAAUUUUCUUUUUUUUAAAGUGAGCAUUUUUUUUCUUGUAGUACUAUUCUUCCUUUGAAGAAUAUUUAGUCUAAUUGGGGUUAAAAUUCUUUAUUUGAAACAAUGGAUUUAAAUUGAAAGUAAGUUGUAGUUUGAUGGUCAAUAGUGAGAAAUUAAACAAGAUGAAAGUUAAAUAUAUUAAUUUAAGAAAAUGUUUCUUAGCAGUUGCAGCUAUUCCUUGUUGU